AUGAGGAAGAAGAGGCGAUACGACGCAGAGAGAUAUUGGAUUCAGUGUCGACUGAACAGGAAGCGUGGAGACAGACAGGGCCUCAGAAUUUCACAUCGGGAUGAUCAGCCCGAUGUCGAGCCUCGUGUUGGAGUUCAGCAGCUUGAGGCACGUGACUGGGGGAUUCCAGUCCUCGAUUUUGACGAUGCGCCGCCAUUAGGUUGGGAGGAUUCUAACGUAUUGGAGAGCGGGAUAUUAUCAGUGGGGGCUCUAUUCCGGUCGAAGGAUGAUUUGGCAAUCGCUGUUGGCCUGUACCAUAUGGAGAAUCACGUGGAGUACGCCGUGCAUCGUUCCAGUACGACCCGUUUGUGGUUUGUUUGCAAGCAUGGCAACGGUUGUCCGUUCAUGCUGCGAGCCGUUCAGAGUGCAUCGAUCUGGAGAGUGAUCAAGGUGGUGAUGGAUCAUACCUGCCACACGGAUUUGAAUCGCACUGCCCCGAGACAGAUUCCGGCGAGGGUUGUUGGAAGAUAUUUUGCACGGAAAUUGGUAGGCGAGGGGGUCGUUUUGAAGCCGAAGGAGAUGAUGUCAGAGAUGCAACGCUUAUUCGGUAUUGAGAUCAAUUACAGCUUCGCUCUCCGUGCAAGAAACAUCGCGAUUGAGAUGACGUAUGGUGAUUUUGGGAACUCGUAUCAGAUGCUCCCAUCGUAUUUGUAUAUGCUGAGAAUGAGUAAUCCCGGCACAUUAUACGACCUUGAGAUGAAGGAUGAUGGCAAGUUCCAUCAUAUGUUUGUUGCACUUGGACAGAGCGUGGCUGCCUUUGAGAAGGGUUACUUGAGGCCGGUCAUCGUCGUAGACGGGACCCAUCUGAAGGGAAGGAACGGCGGCAUUUUGUUCGUCGCUGUUACAAAGGAUGGGAACGAAGCAAUAUUUUCUCUCGCAGUUGGGCUUGGUCCUAUCGAGAACGACGAGUCUUGGACUUGGUUCUUCCACCGACUGCGGACUUGCUUUGGUCAGCCGGAUGAUCUCUUGAUUGUGUCUGAUCAGCACAAGAGCAUCAGAAAUGCUGUGGAGUGUGUCUACCCGAACGUCCCUCACGGGUUGUGCUAUUACCAUAUCCAGAAGAAUCUCGCGCAUUAUGGGCAGCAUGUAGCUGCAGUCUUCAAAGCAGCGGCAUAUUCCUAUCGAUCAGACGAUUUUCAAAGGAAUUUUUCUGCGCUUCAAUUACUGAAAGUCAACGCGCACACACGCCUCGACACUAUUGGUGUGGAGAGAUGGGCCAGGUCCAAGUGCCCUGUACGACGCACGAGCUUCAUGACGUCGAAUGCUGCCGAGACGAUGAACAGUAGACUGUUGUGGGCACGACGACUCCCAGUUGCUUCAUUGAUCGAGACCUAUCGAGCCAUUAUGGAGAAAUGGUUCGAUAGGCGACGCAUCUCGGCUGCAUCGAGGUCACAUGAGUUGACUGAGGUAGUAGAGGGAAAGUUGCAUGUGGCUGUCGAAGCGGGUCGGCAAUUGGCUGUUCGAGGGACGACGACGCACAUGUUUAGUGUUGAGGAUGAUCAUGCAUUCUACAUUGUCGAUCUCGAGAAUCGGACUUGUAGUUGUGCUCAGUUCGACCUGGAUGACAUUCCGUGUCGUCAUGCUUGUGCCGCUAUUAGGCGUGCAGGACUGCAAGUCACGGAUUUUGUUGGAGGAUAUUUCAAACAAUCCGUGCUGUUGGCCACAUAUAUGGAGCGUAUUGUUCCCGUUCCACAUCCUACGUAUUGGAAUGUGCCCGAUGAGAUAUCAGCCUAUGUUGUGAAACCCCCGGAUAUCACGGUCCAUGCGGGACGACCGAAGUUGAGUAGGGCUCGUUCAGCAGUUGAGGGUCCUCCUAAUUCGGGUCCUCCUAAUUCGGGUACUCCUAAUUCUCGACCUCAAGUAUGCUCACGUUGCAAGGGUGGAGGUCACAAUGCCCGGAGAUGCAAAGCGCAAAUGGGAUCAUUGGACUUGAACGUGCCGGUGGAGGGUGUCGAGCAACCACCCGAUGCACGAAGGCGACGAAAGAAGAAAUGCGGAAUUUGUAGGAGUGGAACACACACUAGGAAUGCAUGUCCUCAAAAUGUUGGGUUGUGA